ACCGAGAAAAAAAAAUUGCUUUAAUUACUUUUCACUAUCAGAGGCCGAAGCCCAUCUCCGAACUUUAGUAUAUAAGGACAAGCAGAAGCAGUAGUCGGACUAAUUUCAAACCAAAGUCAGAUAAUCAGCAAUACUUAUUACUUACAUCUGGCAUAGAUAAGUUAUACCUUUAAUAACUACCCAAUAGCCAGAGUUGACUGUUCUUUACUAUUUCCAAGAAAAAUUCCCCACGAAAUUCAACCCAUCUAUAUAGCAAUAUUUCAAACAUUCAACAUACAUUUUAUAUAAAUGACAUCUGAAGCCAUUCCUUCAUUAACUAUCCGAGUUCUUCAAACGUCUAGUGCCAUACUAUGGUGUUUGUUAGCAGCUGGUGUAGUAUUUGGGUUUGCGGCUUUAAAACCAAUAUUAAUCUUAGAGAAUAUUUAUGAAGAUAGAUGUACUAUAAAGGCACAAUCUGCAACUGCAAUUUGUGAUGAACAAGACUUAUCAUUAAAUUUCUUAUUCACAGUAGCUUGUAUGGUUACUAAUAUUUCAGCAUUACCAGUAGGUUCAAUAUUAGACAGUUAUGGUCCAAGAGUUACAGGAAUUAUUGGAUCGAUUAUUCUUGCAUUAGGUGCAUUAAUUUUCAAAUAUGCAUCUGUAAUAGAAAUAUUCGAUGGAUAUUUAGUAGCUUAUACCCUUUUGGCAUUGGCUGGACCUUUUGUCUUUAUUUCUUGUUUCCAAUUAGCCAAUUCAUUCCCUAAGAAUUCAGGAUUAAUUUUAGCAUUAUUAACAGGAGCAUUCGAUUCAAGUUCAGCAUUAUUCUUAAUCUAUAGGAUUUACUAUACAACCAUUUCAAAUAUUCCCCUUGAAAAAUUCUUUACGAUAUAUUUGAUUGUUCCACUAUUCAUUUUUGGAUGUCAAAUUUUUAUUAUGCCUUCAAAAUCUUAUAAGACUGUUGGUACUUUAGCUAAGAUUGCUGAGACCGGUAUUGAUGAAACUGGUAAACCAAUUGAUCAUGACUUAUUAUUACCAGAAGAUAGAAUAACUGAUAAUUCAGUAGAAGAAUUAGGAGGAGAAUAUUAUCAACCAACUAUUAGUGAAACUACUUCAUUAUUAAUCAGAAGAUCUUCAACUUCAGCAGCAAUAGCUGCUUCCAGACGAGAAUCUAUUAUUCUGAGAUAUUCAGUAACAUCAGCCAAGUCAAUAUAUGAACAAGAUGCUGACAAUGAAUUAUAUAAUUCAUCCGGAGGAGUAUUUGGUAUUAUGCAUGAUGCAAGUAUUACUCAACAAUUCACCUCACAAUGGUUUAUUUUAAUGACAUUAUUUACUACAAUUCAAAUGUUAAGAAUUAAUUAUUUUGUUGCAACCAUUAAGACUCAAGAACUUUUCUUAUUUAAUAAUGAUGAAAAAAUUGCAACUGCCAUUAAUCAAUUCUUUGAUUUAGCAUUACCAUUAGGUGGUAUUUUUUCAAUUCCAUUUAUUGGAUUAAUUCUUGAUAAUUUUACUACAUUAAGUAUCUUAUACAUUUUGACUACAUUAUCAAUUUUCAUAGGAAUUAUGGGAUUACUUUCAUGGAUUCCAGCAACUUAUGCUGGUAUUAUUGUUUUAGUAAUAUAUCGUCCAUUUUAUUAUACUGCUGUUAGUGAUUAUUGUGCCAAAGUAUUUGGAUAUGAAAAUUUUGGAACUAUUUAUGGAACUAUAAUUGCAUUUUCUGGGAUUUGUAAUAUUUUACAGCAAUAUAUGGACUUAUUGACUCAUGAAUAUUUCAAUAAAAAUCCUAUACCUGUGAAUUCUAUAUUAGUUAUAUUAACAGGUAUCUUUGGUAUUGCAUUAAUAGGAUUUGUAAGAUCACAAGAAUUACAAUUAAAAAGAAAGAGAUUAGAAAUAGAAGCACAAGUAGCAACAGACAGACCAAUUCCAACUUAGUUGGUAGGUGAAUUUUAAAAACUUUUAUUUAAAGGAUACUUCUAAUAUACAUAUAAUAAUUAAUUAUUCAAUUCUAGCUCGAGACUUACGCGAUUUCUUCUCUUGUUGGAUAACCAAGUCUGGAUCCAAGGCAAUAAGCUCGGGAAUGC